UGUUUUAUGAAUGACAGCUUAGUGUUCAAUGAUCUUUCAUCCGUUUGUGUAGAUUGUAAAACAAUUCUUUGAAAAAAUAUUCUUCACAAUGGCUUUUCGUUUAUGUGCUUACUUAUUCGUCGUUUUUAUUAGUCUUGUUUUAUGUAGCCGUGAUGUUGAAGUAAAAACUGAAGAAGAUUUAGGUGUUAAAUUUGCAAAUCGAUGUGAAGUAUGUAAAAUAUUAGCCACGGAACUGCAAGGUAGGCUUGAAGAAACCGGCAAAGUUCAUGACGUGAUUGAAAUUGGAUAUUCCUUAGACGAUGUGAAACCUAAAAAGAAGACGAAAUAUGAGAAGUCGGAAUUACGUUUGAUAGAGUCUAUAGAAGGUGUUUGUGAGAAAAUACUAGAGUAUAAUAUACACAAAGAGCGCGAGGACAGCACUAGGUUUGCGAAAGGCAUGAGCCAAACAUUCAAAACACUGCAUGGACUUGUUGAUAAGGGUGUGAAGGUUGAUCUUGGAAUACCACUUGAAUUGUGGGAUAAACCCUCCGCUGAAAUAACACAAAUGAAAACACAAUGCGAAAGUCUCUUAGAAGAAAAUGAAGGUGCAAUAGAAGACUGGUACUGGAAUCACCAGGGUGAAGUGGAUCUAAAACACCACUUGUGUACCCAGCACGCCUUGAAGAACACAGACAACUCCUGCCUUUACGAUGACCUUAAAACCAAAGGAGAUAAAACAGAAAGAGAGGAUUUGUGAUCUUAAAUGAAUGCUAUUGACUCAUAUCCCUGUGAUUAUAGUUUUAUAAGUGCUAUGAUUGUUUUAAUUCUAAGUACAAGUGUUGUAGUCAAAACAUUUUUAUCGUGAAACUUUUUGAACAAGCUUCCUGUUGUAUAUCUUAUCUCAUUUAUAGGCAUUUAUUAAUUUUACAAUAAAUAUUAUUAUUAUUUCAA